CAGUGGCAUUGGAACUCAACAAAAUCUACUUUGAGUAUGGAUGGGGAAAUCCAAGAAUCUUACAGUGCGAUCAAGGCUCCGAGUUUAAGGGAGCAGUCAACCAACUCUGCAUAGAAAUGGGAACGAAGAUUGUCCGAAGUCGGGCUCACCAUCCACAAUCUCAGGGAAAGAGUGAACGAUCACACCGGGAUUGGAAAAGCCAUCUGGAAUUUGAUCACAGCAAACAUGGUGAUGGAGAAAACUUCAACUGGGUGGAAAAGUUGCCAGCAUAUGCUAGAAUACACAAUGAAAGCAUUCAUUCUGCACUUGGUUGUUCACCAUACAAGGCCAUGCUGGGCUGCCCUCCAGUACACUUCAAGAAUUUGUUGAGAGCUGGAAAUACAGUUGAUGCGUACUCUUGCUCUGAAGAAGAUGAGCAGUGCGAACUAUCUGCAGAGAGUGAUGAGGAUACUGGAGACGAAUAUGGCAUUAAUGAGAGAAUAGAAGCAAUCACAAACCUCAGGAAAAAUGUGCUGCAGGCGUCACUGACCAAAUCAUCAGAAAUGAUUAAAAAACACCACGAAAACAAGGACACAUCAGUGUACAAGAUAGGGGAUGAAGUUCUGGUGAGGGUUCAUGGAAAAGAUACCAGAGUCAAACGAGGUGGGCCCAAAAAAGGGAUGAAAAAAUGCAAGGAAGGAACUAUUGUCGAAAUAGAUUCCCAGAACUCCCAAUUCAAGGUUGCCUAUCCGAACAAGCAUGUGCAGUGGGAGCAGGUGUGUGACAUUACUUCUCGGACAAGAAAAGAAGAGAAGAGGAGAAGAAUGAGGACAUAUGAAGAUGCUCGGCCAGAUGCAAGAGAAGAGGGUAGAAAGCCACUCAAAAGGGGAAAAACACAGGAUGAAAAAGGAAAGGGAGAACAACAGGCUCAAACCAAGAGGAGAGACAAUGCAGAAACAAAAGGACGCAAGAAGACACCAACUAUGAAAGAACUGGAGAUGGAGGCCUCAUUCUAUGACCUUGACAUUGUGGACAAUGAAGGGGCUGGUAACUGCAUGUUUAUUGCAUUGGCUCAACAGCUUCAAAUACAUGACAUUGACAUAAUCAGCCAUAAACAUCUGCGAGAAAAGGUUGUGCAAUAUGUGCAGGGCAAGCGGCGUCUGUUCAAGGACUUCGUGGAUAAAAACCAUUAUCCAACAUUCAGAGACUAUAUCAUCAAGAUGAAGAUGUUGGGGGAAUGGGGAGACAACAUCAUUCUGCAGGCAACAGCUGACCUCUAUAAGGUGACCAUCAGGAUCAUUACAACAAUUGCAAAUGAGCCUACAUUCAUUCGUCCAGCUGAAUACCGAGGAGACAUGCCAGUACUAAGCAUAGGCCACUUGUGGGAGCUGCAUUAUGUGACACUCAUACCAAUGUCCACAGAAGGAGAGAAAGAGAUGGAAGCAGCUAAUGACACCAAAAUGGACACAGAAGAUGAAUCAGAUUCAGAUUCCAAGUAUCCAAUCAACACUGCUGUAUGGGAACACAAGAAAGAAAAUGUAGUGGCACACCUGCAGAGAAUUGCUGCAAGAGAUGCACCUGAGGAACAACUUCAAAGGCAUGAUGAGUUUGUCAGCGGCUUCCCAACACCAGACCGAAGAGUCAAUUUUGCAGAGGGAUAUCUGUCUCAAUAUAUGCAGCAAAAAAUGCUUCAGUACUUGAUAUCAGCUUUGACAUUAACAAGACUGAAAGAUACACGGAGGAUAUACUCAGGAAGUAUGCGACUGUUCAAGUGCAAGGUUGAAAAGAAGCUGGAACUUUUAACGCAAAAGCACAUGAUAGCUGCCACAGAUUACCUGAUGUAUGUUGGGGUAAAGGAAGCUAUAAUUCAUAUUCUGAUGGAUGUGCUGAAUAAACCCUAUGAAGAAGUCAACUAUGAAUGUAAAUCAACAGAAUUUGAUGCCAGUCAAGUUCCAGGGAGGGGUGUCCACAUCACUGUGGAUGACGAAUAAUGAUGGCUUGGUUCACACAGGGAGGAUUAAAAUGCCACUGUUAUACAGGAUGACUGACUUGCUGGAUGUGUUGUGAUGAUUGUGCUUGCACACUGAUAUCAACACCCACAUAUAUUAUCUUUACAAGAAAAGUAAUUUGAUGUACAUGAACCACAGUGACAUGUCAUUUUGUAACAUUAGUAUUUCUUUGUAUGACAAUGUGUGAAUUUACUAGGGUUGCAACGGGUAACUCACGAACUCUAUGCUUACACUAAAAGUCACUCAUGUUCGCAUUUCUUUCUGACUAUGCACCCAUUCCUUCUGACUUAGGCUCUUCUUUUGGCCACUGAUAGUAAAUGCCAUUUCUAACUUGAGAGCAGAAUAUGAAUGCUAU